ACCAGGCCAGGCCCCUUUCCACGCUACCUUCCCUGCAUGGGGCCCUGCAGCGACUCCUGCCUGGGGCCCCCGAAGGCAAAGUCGUCCUCCCAGCCCCCCAAGAGGAGGAAGAAGAGAUACCUGCGGCAUGACAAGCCCCCCUACACCUACUUGGCCAUGAUCGCCUUGGUGAUUCAAGCCGCACCCUCCCGCAGGCUGAAGCUGGCUCAGAUCAUCCGUCAGGUCCAGGCCGUGUUCCCUUUCUUCAGGGAAGAUUACCAGGGUUGGAAAGACUCCAUCCGCCACAACCUUUCCUCCAACCGAUGCUUCCGCAAGGUGCCCAAGGACCCUGCGAAACCCCAGGCCAAGGGCAACUUCUGGGCGGUCGAUGUGAGCCUGAUCCCAGCCGAGGCGCUACGGCUGCAGAACACGGCCCUGUACAGGCGCUGGAAGAACACGGGCUCACGCAGAGCCUUCGCCAGGGACCUGGGUCCCUACGUGCUGCACGGCCGGCCCUAUCGGCCGCCCAGUCCCCCGCCGCCGCUGCCCAAUGAGGGCUUCAGUAUCAAGUCCCUGCUGAGGAACCCCAGGGAGGGGGCACCCCGGCCCCGGCCAGUGCCACAGAGCAGCCAAGCUCCUCCUUGCACAGGGUGCAGUGGGGAGGAGACAGCACCUACACCACCCUUGCCCCUCUCUGAGAGGCCUGCGUGGGCGUUCUGUUCCCUCCCUGGGCCCCCGAGAGUGGAGCAGGAGCCUUCUCAGGGGAGAGUCAUGGGGCCCUCAACAGUCUCCCCAGAGCCUAGGGCCUGGCCCCUUCACUUACUGCAGGAUACCCCAGGCUCCAGGGGGUUGUCCAGCGGAGGACACAGGGCCUCCUCACUCUGGGGGCAGCUGCCCACCUCCUACUUGCCCAUCUACACCCCCAAUGUGGUAAUUCCCCUGACACCACCACCUACCUCCUGUCCCAGGUGUCCACCUUCAACCAGCCCAGCUUACUGGGGGAUGGCCCCUGAAACCCAAGGGCCCCCAGGGAUGCUCUGGGAUCUAGACACCCUCUUCCAGGGGGUGCCACCCAAUAAGAGCAUCUAUGAUGCAUGGGUCAGCCACCCUCGGGACUUGGCUGCCCCUGCCCCAGGAUGGCUGCUCUCCUGGUAUGGUCUCUGA